GUAUGUAUUAUAUGUUGAUUGUAAAACCACAGAUUUCAUUAUAAUAUAUAAUAUGUAAUAUAUUAUAAUAUUAUGUUUAACUUUGUUUGAGUCCACUCGAAUUUUUUUAUUUAAAAAAAAUUGCAAACAGUAUAAUGUACUAUACGUUUUUUACAUUUUAAGAGAAUACUAAAAGUAUAUUAUGUCAAACGACAUGUCUUUCUGCAGAGGUGCACAACGGAAUUACAACCUACGCAUGUGUACAAAAAACAGUUUUUUUUUCAGUGGCUUUCAUGAUUUUGUUAGGGUAUUUAAAUUAUUUAGAAAGUGCUCAGUUUGCAGAUCCCGCAAGUUUCGUUCGUUGGUCACGAUACUCAAGUGCAGAGAAUGUAAGUUUUUAUGUCACAGAAAAUGUUUGUCUAAACUGCAGCUAAACGUUAAUUUGAACAGUGUAAUACCUGCAGUUGAAACAGACAACCAGCAGCAGCAGACCGAACCCGCGUUACAGCAAACGAGUGAACGACCAUUGUCAUCAGACAAUGAUGAAAACGUCACUGCAAUGGCAAUGUUUCUACCGCAACGGAUCUUGAUGCACAUCGAUUAUUCAGAGGUGGUCAAUAGGAUUCGGGCCGCAAAAUACGUCCAACGACCGAAACCCUUGGUAAACUCUACUAACCGGAAUUAUUUAUUUUGGGGAAGAGAAAGAUACUUGAUUACCAAGUUUGAAAUGGACGACGGCGAUGAAUAUUACGUGUUAACGACAUGCCUCAUUUCCGACUGCGGGGGCAACCGUUGUUUAAACGAAAAUCAGUACUACGGACAAACCAUAUUCUUAUACAGCCCGUCGCCAUCACCCGAAACCGAAAAUAUUGUGACCAUAAUGUUGAUUAAUCCGCUUGCGAUAGGCAUACAGAAUGUUGUCAACCAAGACUAGCUCCGUUAGUGAUUUCAUAACGUCGUGGUCAGCUAUUUGUGUCAUAUAUUAUAAUAAUAUGUAUAUGUAUUUCUAUAUGUGUAUUACAUUAUAAUAUUGUGUUAUAAGCGAUGAAUAGCUUAUAUUAUU